UUCAGAGUUCUAUUUAGUGGUUUUGUUACGAACAGUCGUCACGUGCCCAUUGCUCAGACCUAACGCUUUGCUGAAUGCUGGAUCGGUUACACCUAUUUAUUGUUGAGUCUGAACAAAUCAAAAUUGUAUGAUUCCGUAUAUUUUUUAGUGAGCUUGUGGAAACUAAAACCACUAUCAUGGAAUCAAAAAAUAGGAGGCCUUCAGAAUCAAGGUCGAUUAUAGACAGUGCUUGUUCAAAGCGUUAUGUAAUAGCUAUCAUGGGAUUCAUAGGCAUUGCUAAUGCAUAUGCUAUGCGAUCAGUACUGAGUGUAGCUAUUACUGAAAUGGUAGAAGACAUUCAUAGAACAGCUAUAGACCCUAAUGGGUGCCCAGGACCAUUAAAAACGACAAACACCACAAAUCCUAAUGCCGAAUUUGACUGGUCUGAAACACUUCAGGGCCAUAUCCUUGGUGCUUUUUACUAUGGAUAUGUAUUUGCUCAGAUACCAGGUGGUAUUUUGGCACAGAAAUAUGGUGGAAAACAUGUGUUUGGUGUCGGUAUUUUCCUGACCGCUGUUCUCACAUUAUUGACACCAAUUGCUGCUAGGAUCGGUCCCGCGUACAUGAUCGGUGUUAGAGUACUUGAAGGCGUUGGUGAAGGCCCUACGAUCCCAGCAAUGAACGCUUUGUUGGCUCAAUGGGUUCCUAUCGGUGAACGAUCACGUAUUGGGUCAUUUGUAUUUGCAGGAAAUAUGAUUGGCACGAUUGUGGCUCAAAGUUCCGCUGGGUAUUUGCUUAAGAUUACCGAUGACAAUUGGCCGUUGGUGUUUUAUGUCUGUGGCGUUGUAGGGUUGAUUUGGUAUGUCUUCUGGAACCUGUUGGUAUAUAGUUCACCGAACGAACACCCCACAAUAACCGACUAUGAACUUGCAUAUCUAGAACGUAAUCUGAAAGGAGUAAAUAAAAAUAAGAAUACAUUAAAAUCUACACCAUGGAUGUCAAUGUUGUCGUCAGGUCCCAUGUGGGGCUUAAUGAUAGGCCAAAUCGCUCACGACUGGGCUUUAUUCAUGAUAAAUGCUGAUUUGCCAAAGUACAUGAAGAGUGUCAUGAAAUUUUCUAUUGCAGAAACCGGUGUAUGGAGUUCAAUGCCGCAUGUAUUGAUGUGGGUUUUCGCCAUAUUAACAGGAUGGUUAAGUGACUAUUUGAUAUCCAAUGGAAAAUUGGGAAUAUUACAACAAAGAAGAUUAUUCUCGACCAUAGCUUGUAUUGGACCUAUGUUGGGGACAUUAGCAGCAUCGUAUGCCGGUUGCGACAAGAUAAAAGUAGUCGUUCUUUUCACCGUUGGCAUGGCCACUAUGGGUUUCUUUUAUUCAAGCAUGAAAGUUAAUGUAAUGGAUUUGAGUCCAAAUUAUGCUGGUCCUGCAAUGGCCAUGGUAAACGGAGUUGGAGCUGUCGCUGGGAUCGUUUCACCUCCCCUCAUCGGAUAUCUCAUACCAAAUAAUACUCUAUUGGAAUGGCGUAAUGUGUUCUGGAUUAGUGGUGGUGUAGUCAUUGUAGCGAACUCGAUAUAUUUGGUAUUGGCCUCGGCAUCCAUACAGUGGUGGAAUGAUCCGGUGCCGACUUCCGAGACUGAUGAUGGUGAUACUGAUUUGUAAGAAAUGUAUUUAUUGAGAAGUGUUUGUUCAAACAGCUGAGAAAAUUAUUACAAAAUAUGUGAUAGGCGGGGACAGUGUGACUUUAUUAUAUUGUGCAAUCAAGUUUAAUUUUGAAAUAUUAAUAACGCAUCUAUAUUUGAUUUGUUGAAAUUGAUAAUUGAUAUUCAAAUUGUUGGAAUGCUACAGCAGUGGAAAUAUUUUUAGACAUGAAUUGAUUUUUCAUUAACAUAUUAUAAUUUAAUUAGAUUUUUCAACUAUACUCGGGUGAUUUAAAAUAUAAGUAUGAAAUCUUUUUUUUUUGAAUUACAAUAAGUACGUGGUUGAAGUUCAUAUAUAUAAUUCAUAAAUUGUCAAAGAAUAAUUGAAAUUCCACUUUUUGUACCAAUACAUAUUUGUAUGAAAAGUUACUCUAGUCAUAGUUUUAAUUUCAGACUAUGUAUGUAGUAUACUCUUACGUAUAUGUAAUGUUUGUUGCCUAUACUAUGUUUGUGUUAUUAAUUAAAGUAUUAAAUCAUCAGUUAACUUGUAGUUAGAAUCUUCUUAAUUCGGAUGAUUUUAGCAAACAUUAAAGUUUAAUGACUAAACCAUGUCAAUUAUACGUCCAUGUUGACAUUUUCAGUGUAAAAAUAAUAAUACUUUAGAACUUUAGAAUAGUCAUUUUAUUUAAUUUUAUUUAUAUUUUCACGUGUUUGAACGUUAUAAUACUAGUUUAUUAGUCAUAGCUCAUAAUAUCUACAUAGUCAAUAUUUUUAUUAAUUAAAUAUGAUUGAUAAGUAAUAACUGUAUAAUUACUAUUGAUUGACAUACCUAUUCAUGAUAUUGAGUAAUAAUAUUCGUAACUUACAUUGAAUAGAAAUGCUUUAUCAUAUUAUAUAAUACUUUAGUAUCUAUAUUUAAGUAGAUUCAUUUUUUGUUAACCUAAUAUUAUUUCUUUGUAGUAAUGUAAUAAUUUUAAGCUUGUACCUGAAUAAAUAUUUAGAAGUAUAAA